AAUCUUUGUAUUUAGACAAACUGUGGCAAGUCCAUCCAAAAUGUAAAUGAAGGGCAGAUCGUGAUAUUUUGAGCACAACACACUCAUGGUAAUGGGGAAAUGAGAUGCAACAAGCAAAAUAUUAAAAUACUUUUUUUUUUUUUUUAAACAAAGCUUAGGACUAUAUUAAGUGAAGGGAGAGUUUUUUUCCCUUUUUUCAAUAUACAACAAAUUUAGUUAAGUGAUUAGUUACUUUUUCUUUUUUACUAAUUCAUGUGUUGUCAUCGACAAUGAAUAAUUGUGCAAAAUUUGAGCCUAAUCCGAGAAAGGGAGUGGCAGAAAAAAAUUGUUAAAGAAUCCUCACAGACAGACAAAGUGAGUUCAUAUAAACUUUGUAAAAAGCAUUUUGUUUUUUUGAGACAUGAUUAUAUUGUCACUAUUGAUUCUACAGUCAGUGUCAGAUUUAAGUAAGUGGACUGUAGAGCCCCACCCUCUUACAAAAUGAAUAGAUCUAAACGCUUGUCAUGUUUGUGCGGAAACAGACUAGGACAACUAUUUAUUUUGCACACUUUGUUCUAUGUUGAGAUGUGGAUGAGACCCUGGGCGGCAGCACACUCUUGCACUGUCAUAAAUCCAGCCCCAUCUGAAGUGAUGAAAAGUUAAAAAAAAAAAAAUAAGCCUAUAUGUGGUUUUUAAAAUACUUUAUUUAUGAACAGGCAUAGUUUGUAUCAUAGGCAGUUAUAUAGCUGCCAGAUGUUCUAUACCAGUUAAAGUUUUGUAUCUGUAGGCUCACAGCACCCGUUUAUGGGAGAUGGCACUACGUAGAGGCAAAGAGACACACAAACCGUGUAUAGCGGCAAUAAAUGCAUUGAAAAAGGAAGCCCAGUCCAUGCAUACAGCAGCUAGCAAUGACACCGAAGCAGGCAAAGCCGUAUCCUCUAAUCAUGCUCAGGGUAACAAAGACAUCAAUUUUGGCUGGUUCACUUUGCCAGGCGCUGUACCAGACUCAGAAUUAGAGUCUAGAGCAGACCAGGGAGAUCAUGGUUUACAACAAGCACCUGCCUCACGAGCUAGCGGUUAUCCACAAGAUAUACGGCCCAAUCUGCAGUCCCGAAGCGCAAGUAGGCCACCAAGCCACACAGGAGCUCCACCAGGUCAGACUAAUGGUGGGCUCUCAUGUGGACCAAACUACCCUUGCCCACCCCCAAAGACUAGCUUAAGACCAAGCACCCAGCAGGGGCAACAGCUACACUUUGGUGCUGCUUAUCAGGGAGAUGGUUCAGACAGACUCGUUGUGGAUCAUUCCAUCUGUGACAUCGGCCAAGGUGAAGGCAUGUGUCCAGCUGUAGACGCCAUGCAAAGCUGUGAUGAUGACCACCACAUAAUAGAUUGGCCAAUAUCCAGCAUAGCUCAGGAAUACAUGAAGACCCAGCGACAGGCAGUUGCUCAAAAUAAAGCAAGACCUGGAACACAAGGAUGCAAGGUACCGGUACCACCGACUCCACUACCUCCACUUACUUUCGGUGGGUACAGCAAGUCAGCAAGACCUACUUAUGAGACCUGGCGUGACCAAUGGCACAAGACGAAUAACUGCCGCCAGCACAAGCCCCCUUACUAUGUCAGUGACAACAUUAAUUUCAACAACUGCAACAGUGUCACUGACCGUGAUGAAGCUAUAGUGUCAAUGGAUUAAAAUAUACACAAAAGUUUCAAACGAGAGAGUCCCUAUACAGACAUUCUCAACAGAAGGACGGGAACACGUCUAGUUGCCAGUUAGAAAUGUCGCUCUAACUUGAAUGUUCUCUACAGUGAUCACAGAGUGUCAAGCUUUCUUAGGAAACAUUUUUAUUAUUAUACUCUAUAGUACCUGUUAAUUCUAUAAAUGACUGUAUAUAAAUACACAUAUAUGGUGUAAAUUGAAGUUUGAGAUGGCUUGAUACAUUUCAAUAAAAUAUUCAUUUGACCACACUGAUGUCUACAAUAUCAACAUUCGUCACCAACUUGUAUAUUUAUCAAUAGUAGAAUCUGUCCGUUUGAAAAUAAAAUGUUUUUAAGUGUGUCUGGCUCAAUCAUUUUGUGAUUUAAAAAAAAAAAAUGAAAUAUGAAAAAUUAUAUGAAAUCUUAAAAAUUGUUGAAGCAUCAGCACAAUUUUUUUAUUAGAUACCGGUACCCACUUUUUGAAAUAUCACAAUCAAUGUUUAGGCCUAUUUAUUUCAGAAUGAAUAUAGGUGUUAAUUUACUUCAAACUGUCAUUGUAGACGAAAAUGGAUGAGUUUGUCAUAAACUUGUUUCAUUGUAUUAAAUGAUAGAUUUUCUAGAUG